AUGACUGCAAUCAAAGCUCUAUUUGUCGGUUCACUAAACAAUAAGGAAUUGAUCAGAUUUCGUGUGAACGACAUGUGUACGCACAUCUUCUUCAAGCCUCUGGUAUUGGCUGCAUUUAAUUUGACUGACAGCUGCGGUGUGUUCAAAGGGAAAAUUGUAGCAGUGACCAAUGGCAAAGAGUUCCUCAGACUUCAAGUGAAGAAACCAUGUGAGCAUUUGUUCCUGAGACCUCUCUUCAGUUCCCUCAUGAAUGUAACUAAAGAUUGCUUCGUCGUGAAAGGACACUACAAGUUCCACGUUGACAUUCUGGGGAUUGCUCAGUCGUAUUUCGGUGGUACGUUUGUGUUUGGCAAUUGGACAUUCAAGUCGUUAUUCUACAAUGAAGCUUGCAAUUUCUCUUGUGCAAAUAUACAAGUUAUUUUGUCUCCGAAAAAAGAACACUAA